AUGGCGAUACCACUCAGGGGAAUUUAUCCUUCCUUCACCUCCCAGUGGAUAAUGCUGCAAAAUGCUGGCGUUGGCUAUGGAGAGCAUUUAAGAUCUUUCUUUCUGAAACAAGCCCCUGGCGUGGUGUCCUGCGAGAGGAGUCUGUCCGGCAGCGCCCGGAGCUGCGUCAGCGAUGUAGCAUCAACCCGAGCCCCUCAAGGACAUGUUCUGGCCCUGUCCUUGCACAAGACAGGUUUAUGCUUGUUUGUGACCACUCCAAGAGGGUACAAAGGAGUCCGAUUUGAAAAGGGAAACUGCGGAGUCAGCAUCAUGAGAAGUGGAGAGGCAAUGGAACAAGGUUUACGGGACUGCUGUAGGUCGAUCCGCAUCGGAAAAAUCCUGAUACAGAGCGACGAGGAGACUCAAAGAGCGAAAGUGUACUACGCUAAGUUCCCACCAGACAUUUACAGGAGAAAAGUUCUUCUUAUGUACCUAAUACUGAGCACUGGGAAUACUGUCAUUGAAGCUGUCAAAGUUCUCGUGGAACACGGCGUACAACCAAGCGUCAUUAUCCUGCUAAGCCUGUUCUCCACACCUCACGGUGCCAAAUCCAUCAUCCAGGAAUUCCCAGAGAUCACCAUUUUAACGACGGAAGUUCACCCUGUUGCACCCACACACUUUGGACAGAAGUAUUUUGGAACAGACUGACACAGGUGGAACACACGGCUAUGACUGGACGAUGUUACCAGAGGGGUUU